AGAGAGAGAGCGAGGAGGGCUUUGCCGCUGAUCGCAGAUAAAAGGGACUGACGGGCAAAUAUUUGAUCGGUGUUCCGACAACACAGCGACGAAAAUCCUCGUAGUCGCGCGGCCACAGCCACCCCGCCCCGGGCAGGCCCGCAAAAAUUCGCUCAAGCCCGUCGUCGCGAAAAGCUCAUCGAGGCUGAGAGUACCAGCAACACAGCUUCCACCUCCCCAUCCACUGCCGAGCACACAACAACAAAAAGUUUCAGCAGAUCGUCUCGUUCCGCAGCACGCCUCUGCCAGGAAAAAACGGACGUUCCACGACUAUCGCUCAACGAUCCUGCAGGCAGCUGUUUUUUGUUUUUUUUUCGAAGCCCUCUCCUCUUCGUCGAGCCCCCGAUAAGUAGGGAGGCUAGCCGCAGACGCGGCACCACACCUCCGUCACGUGUUCGUCACGCAGCGUCAACGCUCUCGCAAAAGAUGCGUGACACAACGGACAGUGAUCCGUUUCGAGCGGUUCGUGUUCCGCUCGCCGAGAUGUCCUCGGACGUCAGCUGUUGCCAGUGUCGACGAAACAAAGAAUGCAGCGCCCUUCUUCCAGCCGGCUGAUAACACCGUAUCCUCCUGCGAAGCUUGUCUUCUCUUCAACCCUGACGUUCUCAAAAAGCGAGAAAGGCUGAUGAGUGCUCUUGAGGAGGAGUGCUUGCUUGAGUGUCCUAGAUUUGAGGCAAAGGGUUGUAGAUAGCCUAGUAAUGUGGUGGGGGGCCAGACAACCCUGGAGGCUUGUCGAGAAAGGCCCUACAUUCUGCGCUUGCUCGGACUCCUGCCAUCCAUUCAGAGCAUCAGAUUCAAGAUGAGCAACGUCACUUCAUCAGCUGAGAAGCCUCUCCUGACCUUUGGCGUCUUGACCGACGUCCAAUAUGCCGACUGUGAUGACAAGCCAGCCGGCUAUGACCCAUCACUCAUUCGCUACUACAGAAACGCCCUGAACCAGGUGGAGCGUGCCUAUGCCCACUGGAGCCGCGUUCCGGGUGUGAGCCUGGUACUGCAGCUCGGGGACCUGAUUGACUUUCACAACGCGGGCUGUGGCCGUGGCCUGGACCGCGUGCUGGCCACCUUGGCCAACGACGGCUCCCUGCCCACCUACCACACGCUGGGCAACCACGAGCUCUACAACUGCACCAGGCGCGACCUGGUGCGCCGCUACGUCUGCCCGCGCCUGCUGCCCAACUGGACACCUCCCGCAACGGACGACCCCGUCUUCUACUACAGCUUUAGCCCCGUGCCGGGCAUCAAGCUCAUUUCCCUGGACUGCUUCGAGGAGAGUGUGCUUGGUCGCGAUCCGUCGGAGCCGCGUUGGCAGCAGGCAGCGGAGCUGUUGACCAGGGUGCACGGCUCGUCGGACCCGCCGGCGUGGGAGUGGCCGGAUGCACUUUCCGGACUGGACAAGAGGUUCAUUGACUCCAAUGGAGCUCUGAGUGAGACGCAGUUGCAGUGGCUGGACGCUGAAUUGGCAGAGUCGGAUGCAGCAGGCGAUGUGGUCAUUGUCUUUGGCCAUCUGGCUAUAUCUCCCGCAAGUGCCAACGCCGACUGCCUCCUGUGGAACUACAGGGACGUAAUGGACUUGUUCGAGGCACACCCGUGCGUGGCUCUCUACCUGUGCGGGCAUACACACCGCUGCGGCUACGCCACGGAUGCCCGAGGCACACACUACAUGGCACUGGCGGGAAUCAUCGAGACCGAGCCCGAGAGUGUGGCAUUCUCCACGGUCUCUGUCUUUCACGACCGGAUAGAAGUCGUCGGCUCUGGUCGCGAGGAAAGCCGGACUCUCGCGAUCCGUUUGUCCGAACCUGUGGCUGUGGAGGAUGCCGAAGAAGAGCUUUUGGCCGCUCCCACCGUUGCGUCUCCGCUGGCCGUUCGAGUGGCGGUGUGAAGCCUGCGUCGGUGUGUCUGUCCGCAGAGUGCUCGGCCUGUGGACUUGUAUAGUGGAUUGCCUUGGCUUGCCCGCAAGGGAAUUGGGAAAAAUCGACGGAUGAGGAUGAGUGAGGCAGGGCUUUCAUUCACUGGCAACCACGCUUUGUGUGCGAGCGCUUGCACACAUGAGCUGGUGCUAGCUUCGCCUUCCUCUUCCAAGUACAGGAAAUUUUCUGCAUCCUGGCUGCAUGUUUUUUGUUCCAGUUUCUUUUACGUAGCCAAGAAAAAUGAGCAUACUUAGCCUCUCCAGUCUGUAGUGUUCCGUGCAAGAAAUAACAAGAGCUAUCUGCACUUGCGAGCAAUUUGGAUUGCACUCUUGAACCUUCACGUGCCUUUAAACCUCUCCCAUCGUAUUUUCUUUUUUUCUUAAGAAAACGCCACCUUCACAGUCCUCGAACUACCGUGCAUUUGUGAAAUUUUUAAUGAUGUGAGGGUGUUGCCUAUGUCUGGGUUGCAUGUGCACUGGUAAAUACUGAUGAGCAUCGAGGAGUGUUCACACAUAAAAGUUCCUCUGCACAUUCAUAUUGAACGUGAUACAGUACACAUGCACCUUUUCAUAGGCCUUGGUUGCUAGUAGUAUCUGUAAGCCGGUAUGCUACAAGCAAAUUGUAAUCGAUGGAGUAGGGGACAGAUCACUUCUGUAGUACCAUGAAUGAAUUCAACAUGCCUUCUUUGUUCCAGCGCACUUUAUAAAGUCCACGAUUUUGAAGUUUUUAAAACUGUCGCCCCAUCACAAUUUAAAGAUGUUCAUACAUGGGCGCUGAUUGUAAAGACCUUUCAAUUGGAAAUGUAGUUUUACAGUGGAAAAUAAGUGCAUUUUUUGUGCUAAAGUCCCAACUUCAAGUUGAUAUUUUCUUUCUAGUAGCUGUAUAUAGGUAUUGAGCCAAUUGUGCUAGCUUAAAAUUUUUACGGCGCUGGUCUUGUACUGUUUUAAUUCUUUAGUACAUCAUACUAACCUGGACAUUCAUUUUGGUUUUCCAUUUCAUUGCGUUUUAUUUUUUUCGCAGGUUAGCUAAAUUUACUAUAAUUCAAUAAGCUGCGUAGGAAUCAGUCCAUGCCCUAUGCAGCGAGAGCAAAAUCAAUUAUUGUGUUGGACUUCGUUGUUGUGUGAAGUCUUUAUAUUUAAUAUAUGUGCCAAUAACGCUGCAAGUUCCUGUGCACUGUUGCUCGUCGAGACAACGCAUGCACAUUGCACAACCAAAUGUAUUUAUGCACCGUGCGCAGCAUUUCGUGCUGUGCACAUUUUGAGAUUUUUAACACGUUCAGUGUCUUGCUUGUCACGUUUAGUACUUUCUUGUACGUUCUGAUUGUGUUUUGGUCACUGGGUGUUUUGGUUUAGGGGCAGAGUGCUAGAUUCUGCUAGUGCUAUCUUGUCCGAAACCAAGAAAUGAAUUGUGUAAGUCUGUGCAGUGUGCGUUCACAUUUGCCGCACUAUGUACAAUCUCACAAAAGUUUGAAAGACAUGGAAUUGGCAGCGAAGUGCGAAUCCUGCUAAGCUUGCAGCAUCAGAUUCAAAACUUUCAGUCUGUUGUACUGAAAGUUUUUGGGCCUUGCGCAAUUAUUUUAGCUGAAGAGUGGAAAUUCACAUUUUGUUAUGGAUCCCGUGUCUCUCAAACUCGUGUUUGGUUGUACGAAGGCUGGUAAUGUUAAAAGUAUGUUGAUGUUAUGUCGGAUAUGUUUGACAGAGGUCUUGUUGUACGAUGGCUUCAUUUUUGAAGUCAUGGGAGCAAACUGUUUAAAUUGUCACCAUCAUUGCCAUUUACUUCGCACUACUGUUUCUACUUGCAUACUGGGUUAUUUGCAUAUUUCCAAGGAGACUAUGUGUUUUGUCAUUUACCUUGCAUUUUAUGCCAAAAACAUUGCACACGUGUGCAUGUUCACUUUGUGGCAGUGUGUUGCCUUGUUAUUUAUUGCAUCGAUUCAUCUUUUGAAUGUGUUAGGGCAAUGUAAGUUUCUCUUGCAUUUCUUUUUGUGCAAUGUAACGUUAAAAGCACGAAUCUCAGCAUACGUGGUUUAGCAGUAUUCCUUGUUAUGGAUUUAGUCUAAUAAAAGUUCAUACAAGGGC